UUAAAACCAAAACACUAACCGUUCUUACAGCUCCCCAGUUGAUUCAAUCAUGGGUUCCGACCACGACUAUCGUACUUUCCGGAAGUACGGAGCCCGCCAUAAGAUCAUGGUCUCUGCAAUCUUCAGUCUAUUCGUCGUGGUUAUGUUCAUCCUCUUCCUCCACUUUUACCUCAGAUAUCUCCGACGGCGCCGACGAGAAGCCGGAUUAAUUAGUCUCGACCAGCAGAUUUCACGAGUCGAUCGAGAGAAUCACACGGCGGCGCCGCUGCCUAAGGCCGGCCUGGACCCUGUCUUUAUAGCUAGAGUUCUGCCGGAAUCUAUCCACAAGCAAGCCGAUCAUCACGGCGAAAUUGUAGAGUGCUCGAUUUGCUUGAGCAACAUCGAAGAGAAAGCCAGCGUCAGGAUUCUCCCCAAUUGCAAGCACGUAUUCCAUGUGGGGUGCAUCGAUAUGUGGCUUUUUUCCAAUACAACCUGUCCUGUCUGCCGAACAGCGGUGGAGCCGAUAGUUCCGUCAGCCGAGAAUGGUGAGGUUCCAACGGCUCCGCCGUUGGCAGAGGAGCAAUCCAGCUCUAUGAUUAGCUCCUUUAGAAGGACGAUAAGCAGACAGAGGUCUCAGGGAGUUCAGCCGACAGCUCCGCCGCUGACGGAGGAGCAAUCAAGUUCUCGGCUGAGCUCGUUUAGAAGAAUAAUGAGUAGAGAGAGGGAGAGAUCGUUAAGGGUUCACAGUUGUGGAGAAGGAUCAGUUCGAUCUGCAGAUUUAGAAAGGCAAUGAUUUUAAAUUUUGUGUAUGCGCAUAAAGAUUUAGCUCACUGUACAGAUAAUUUAUUAAAUCAUCACUGCCGCUGUCUUUGCUUUUUGGGUAAUGAAAUAUUGUUGCAAUAACUGGGUGUUUCGAUCAAA